GCCAUAGCUCUAUAUAUGUGCGGCCGCACGCACCCGCCAUCACGGACAACUCCGGCCGGCAAGUGCGAACGACGUCCUGAGCUGCGGCGGCGGAGUUACUGAGGUAUAGUGGUGAGCCGGGACCGAACGACAUGUGUGGCGGCGCGAUUCUUGCUAGGAUCAUACCGACCACGCCGGCGCGGCGGGUCACGGCGGCGCACGUCUGGCCUGCCGGUGAGGGUGAGAAGCGGCGGAAGGUGGGAGGGGGUGGGUCCUUCGGGUUUGAUGACGACUUCGAGGCGGCGUUUCGGAGAUUCGACCGUGGCGACUCCGAGGGGGAGGAAGACGAGGUGGCGCGCGAGUAUGGCCAUGGCAAGAUGGCGGUGAGCCGGCGCGAUCAGGCGCCCGGCCGCCGCGCUAGGCCGAGCAAGUACUGGGGCGUGCGACGCCGGCCGUGGGGCAAGUGGGCGGCCGAGAUCCGCGACCCCGUCGAGGGCGUCCGCGUCUGGCUCGGCACCUUCGCCACCGCCGAGGCCGCCGCGCACGCAUACGACGCCGCCGCCCGCGACCUCCGCGGCGCCAACGCCAAGCUCAACUUCCCAUCCUCCUCCGCCGCCACCACCCCACGCGCGCGCAAGCGCCGCCCCACCACCGCCACCAAGGCGGCACCCAACAACGUCGUCAACCUCAUCGACGAAGACGUCGACGGCGCGCACGCGCUACCCAUCACGGCGAACGAAAACUCGGCCAGCGAGAGCUCCGGCGCCGCCACCAGCAACGCGCUGCCGGACUUCACGUGGCAGGGCUUGUCGGCGUCCGACGACGGCGACGUGGAGCAGCCAGCCCUCGACGCCGACACCGAUCACGCCACCGAGCUCGUCGCCGGCUCCAAGAAGCGGCUCCGGGCUGAAGCCGACGAAGUGCUCUCCGCACCACUCGUCGUCAAUAACGCCGCCGCCGGCCUACUCCUGUUCGACGACCCAUUCUUGUUCGGUGACUUCAACGGCGACACGUUCGCCUCGCUCAUGGCCGGCCAGUUCGGAGGCGACGCCGCCGGGCAAGUGAACGUCGCCGGCGAGAGCACGGCGCUCUGGAGCUUCGGCGACGACUGCCUCGUUGGCGCCAACGCAUGCUAUUAGCUACACUACCCAUCUUACUCUGUACUGUACUGGUUGUUGAACGUUUGACAUAAAGCAAUCCUGCUAGCAGUUUGUAAUCCCGUGAAAUUUGAUCGAAAUUAUCAUGUUUGUGUUGUUUGAAUCUCUACUUCUCGUAGCACAUCAUUCAUGGAGUGUUUGAUUUGAUUCCUCAUGUUGGCAUUUCUAACCUUUGUGAUCCUGUAUGAUGUGACGUUCAUCUUAAGCGGCAAA